UCACACAGUGUUUGUCUCUCCCUCUCGCGUCCCCUUGCCUCUGCUGAGCCGGAGCUGCUGAUCAACAGACGGUCCUGCAUGCGGACAAAGCGACACACUACCUGCAGGGAUCACGAUACAUCAAACGAAGCCGUUUUCUGCGUCUGCUUUCUGCACUUGUGACCUGUUGUGUGUGUCUCUUCCGACACCACAUACACCCUGCUCCUCUCCCUCUCGUCGCUCCGCGUCCGUCUGACGGAUGCCGCUGUGUCUACUGCUGCACCAUGAGAGGGUUGGCAAUGGUCAGCACUCGGCUGAUCUUUUUCAGUGACUAUGGGGAUCGCGGAUGGGCUGAGGGGCUCACCAAACAGGGGCUCCCCUCGGGGGUCACUCGGUCGUAUGUCUUGGAUAGAGGCUGACUGAGUGACAGACACAGCAAAGCAGGACUGUCCCGCCUGCAUCGAUGUACCUGUAUGUGUGUACAUGUCUCGUGGAUGGGAUGCAUACCGGUGCGUCAUUGCUUGUCGCAGCUGCAAUGUCGGCGGCCGCGGCCGCUGAGGACUCUUUCUCCUGUUCUUUCGGACUCACAGGGGGCAUGGUAAGGUUGCUACGGAGGAACAGUAGCGAGCCACUAGUACUACCUUUGCUGCCAUCGGUCUCCCUGCCAUUAUCAAACUCUCCCUGGGCAUCAAAGAAGGACUCAUUCGGGAGCUGGUUGGCGAUGACAACGGACAGGACGCUCGACAUCAUUAUCGGCAAAAUAAGGCCGUGCUCGCCUGCUCACAUAGACACAGAAACAGAGACAAGGACAAAGACACCAUGUGUGGAGACAUAAGACAAGGAUGAGAUGUCCGUUUGUUGUGUGUGUCUCACGCACGGGUCAUCUCAUAGAUCAGGAGGAUGGCUGUUAUUGGGCAUCUGAACACGGCCCCAAAGAGGCUGGCCAUGCCGGUGACUGUCCCGGCCAGACGAAUCUGUCGAAUAGUCAGAGAGGCGCCAGGAAGCUGGUAGUCUCGCUCCCAGUCGUGUUGGACACCCGCCGCUUUGAAAAUGAAGAGAUGCAAGGCAGCCAUAAGGUUCCCAUAGAGGGCACCAAGGGUCAGGACAGGAGAAAACAGACCGCCGCAGCCACCUGCAAAUGAGACAGGCAGGUGAGGGGACGCCUGGAUCGGUGUCUCGUGUAUGUGUUUAUCUGACUGACCUGCGGCGAAGGCAGCUGUGAUUGCGAUGGACUUGCCGAUAAAGAGGACAACAACGGGCCAUGUCUCUGUCUCCCACUUGCCCUCCAGCAGAUCUCGCACAAACCAUUCACCCGUACCCCAUACUGAACACAGACACGCAUAUAACACGGUACAGCUCAGCUCAGCCGGCCACUUACCAAAGGCAUGCCCCGUCACUGCGAAGGUGACGGCUCCCACCACUCCUGUCACCCCGCCUGCCGCCGCCAUGGCCACCCCUGAUGGCAGCCUCGACACGCGCCGCCGCACUUUGUGGGCCACUGUAACGAAGAGGCGGCCGAGAAGCCCACCGAGAAGGCCAAUUGGGAUCGACAAAGCCAUCCACCCCCCCGUCUGCCAGGGGGAAUCAUGCUCAAGACCGUCUCGAUGCACUGAUAUGAGAAGAAAGCGGACGCGUCGCUAGCGUGUGUAAAUGGCGACAUGUAUCUACCAAAGAAGCCGCUGGAAUCAUGGCUGAGGGUACGGAUGAUCACCGUGGCGGUCGUAGAGGCGAUGAGGACGAGAAGGCUCGACCGAGCCUUGAGGCGGCGGCGGCUGAAACGGUGAUGCAU